GUGUCUGCGCGUGCAGCUGAGGUGAGUGCUGUGCUGAAGCUGGAUAACACAGUGGUGGGUCAAACCGCCUGGAGGACUGUAGGAGAACAGGCCUGGGACCAGACCUUCACUGUGGAGCUGGAGAGGACGAGGGAGAUGGAGAUCGCUGUUUACUGGAAGGACUACCGCUCGCUGUGCGCUCUGAAGUACCUGAAGCUGGAGGAGUUCCUGGACAACCAGAAACACACAGUUCAGCUAGAGCUGGAGCCGCAGGGCCUGCUGCUGGCCGAGGUGACCUUCUUCAACCGGUCAUCGAGAGAGUCCUCGCCUCCAGAGACAGAAGAAGGUGUUUUUAAGCAGCAAGGUGAGGAGGGUGCGGAGCUUAGAGGAGAAGAAGAACAACAUUCUGAUAAAUGA